AUGGGGAGUGUGCGAAGCCACCGUUACAGCAUUGUGUCCUCUGAGGAAGACGGCAUGAAGCUGGCCACUAUUGCCGUCCCCAAUGGUUACGGGAACGGCAAUGUCAACAAGGUGCACACGCAGCGUCAACAUCAGAGCCGCUUUGUCAGAAAGGAUGGCCACUGCAAUGUGCAGUUUAUCAAUAUGAGCGAGAAAGGCCAGCGGUACCUGGCUGAUAUCUUCACCACCUGCGUGGACAUCCGCUGGCGCUGGAUGCUGCUCGUAUUCUGCCUUUCUUUCCUGCUGUCGUGGUUGUUUUUUGGCUUCGUCUUCUGGGUAGUGGCCCUCUGUUACGGGGACUUAAAGAAUGACACUCAGAUGUGUGUUUCCAACGUGGACAGCUUCACCGCUGCCUUCUUGUUCUCAGUGGAGACCCAAACCACUAUUGGCUAUGGUUAUCGCUAUGUGAAGGAGGAGUGCCCCAUCGCCGUCUUUAUGGUUGUCUUCCAAAGCAUUGUGGGCUGCAUCAUUGACGCCUUCAUCAUCGGUGCCGUCAUGGCCAAGAUGGCCAAGCCCAAAAAGAGAAACGAGACCCUGGUGUUCAGCCAUUAUGCUACAGUGGCCAUGAGGGACGGUAAACUUUGCCUGAUGUGGCGCGUGGGGAACCUCAGGAAGAGUCACCUGGUGGAGGCCCACGUCAGGGCCCAGCUGCUCAAGUCCCGCACCACCGCCGAGGGAGAGUUUAUCCCUCUGGAUCAGGUAGACAUUGACGUGGGCUUCGACAGUGGCAUCGACAGAAUCUUCCUGGUGUCUCCAAUCACUAUUGUGCACGAGAUUGACGAGGACAGCCCUUUCUACGACAUGAGCAAACAGGAGCUGGAGACUUCAGAGUUUGAGAUCGUGGUGAUUCUGGAGGGCAUGGUGGAGGCUACGGCCAUGACCACUCAGUGUCGGAGCUCCUACGUGGCCAGCGAGAUCCUCUGGGGCUACCGCUUCGAGCCGGUGCUCUUUGAAGAAAAGAACUACUACAAAGUGGACUACUCUCGUUUUGAGAACACGUACGAGGUUCCCAGAACACCCCACUGUAGCGCCAGGGAACUAGCCGAGAAGAAGUCCAACGCCUCCAGCUCGAGGAACUCCUUUUGCUACGAGAACGAGGUGGCUCUCGAAAAAGUUGAGAGUGAGGAGGAGUUUGAUGUGGAGGAAAACAGGGAGAUGAGGCGCGUAGAGGCCUGUGCACUCGAGCACACGAACACAGAUGAGGUUUCAGACUCUGAGUGCAAUCUGGACUCUUUGCCUUUGGAAUCAAGGCCUUUGACAGCAGAAUCAGAAAUAUGA